AUGGCAGGAGGGAGCCACGCGCCUGUGACUGAAGGAGUAGCCGUGGCUCUCAACCAAGAACAAGUUGAGCAGGUGAGGGAAGUAGCACUGGUGAAUAGCAAAAGCAUAAGGCGAUCUGGGGAACGUGCACAGAAAAUGAGGAUCCAACAACAAGAAACUCACGAAAACGCGGAGGAUUUAGAUGCAAAGGCCGAUGAUGCGUGCACUGCGAACGCGAAUGAGGCAGAGGAAUUGCUGGCGGAGCCUGAGCAGCACGCGGAAGAAGACGACGUGAAGGAGACCUACCCAAUGGUCGCCGAUGAGGAUGCCGCAGCGGACGACACGUCAGGUAUAGAGGAAAGGCCGCAGGGAAGGUUGAAGGAGGGGCCGCAGGCAACAGGCGACACACCUGAGCCUCUCCUUUUUCCUAACAACGUCACGAUAGAACUAUUAACACCGGAGGAAAUGGUGAUACGUCGUGAGUCCAAUGAGAGGAAGUGGGGAUUGUCGCUUGAGAGUAGUGGUGAGGGAAAUGAACGACAGGUGCAUCUAACAUCGCUGCCGGAGUUGACAUCCAAGCGAGACGCCAGGCGCAGGCAUCCCUUCUAUAAGACUUUCCUGAAACCCCCAAUGAAGACGACAUGGCGCAUUCAAAGUGUGAACGGUAUUUCCAGUUUGAGGGCGCCUCAGCUUCUAGACAUCAUGCGACGCUCCCUUAAGCUACGCAUCAAAUUCUUCAAGGGAUGA